CAAACCAUUGACUAAAACAUUGUUUAAAAGAAUUUGCAUAAGCAAAGUUACUCAUUUGCCAGUUACUAGAAAUCUAAUCUCAACUCGCCUCCAUUAUGAAGCGCCAGGAUGUUCCUUCUCGUCGUCUCAGCCAGUCGUCCACCACCGUUUUAAAUGGAAAUAUACGCUCAAAUGACAUCACAGAUAUACAGGAGUUAGGAGGAAGCAUCCCACAAGGCGGCAAUGAAACUAUCGAUGAAGCAUCAGUAUUUUCCUUCAGAAGGAAGAAACUAGCGAAUGGCGGGACCAAGGUCGGGCCAGCCUCAUUUUACGAACAAUCACCUUUCCUAAUGAUAGAUAAAAAAAAGCCAGCCUUUACGCCAAAAUCAAGACGGAUACAGCAACAACCUUCUCCACCAACAUCCGCAGAUGUGACACCGGUCACCCAUCCCUCAUCAACUUUGAAGCAAUGUUAUUCACCAGUUUCCUCGUCAUCGCUACUUGAACAUAAGUUGAUUUCAACAACAAUAGAGGAGAUUCAAUCUGGAAGAGGAAAAGGAAGGAAAAGCGAUGAACAAGAAUGGGAUCUUAUCUGGGGUGGAUCUUGGAUUGUUCCCUCCUUGAAACCGAUCACCUCAACUUCCACUUCGGCAUCCAUAGCAACGUCGUUAUCAUCUUCUGGUCGCAAAGAGCCUGGUUCUUUGAAGAAGGCUAGUCUUGACAAACGCCAGCAGACCAUCUUCGAAGGAUGUAGUGGAGUUAAAUUACAACCAACAGUCACAGAGCUGCCAGGGAUUGGUUUCGCCAUUUCCAAGCUCCAUCUACAACAACUACAUGAGCACCAGCAGGGGACCAUAUACUCACAGCCUGCGAGGGAAAAUACAGAGAUGCAUCUUAUAGCAAAAAUCCAAAUUAGUAGCUUCCCAAUUUUCCUGCUGGCUCCAGGUUGUACAGAACCAUGUCGCAUCUUCACAUCACCAGAGAGCACAGUAUCUGCUCAAUAUUUAAUGGAGUUGUUCGACCAAGACGACAUUGAUGACAUGAGAGCACGUUGCCGAGAGGGCGGUGGUAUGGCUAUGGGGCAAAUAGGAUUGUUGUUGAGAGUGGUAAAGAAACCUGGACAAUCGUCGAAGAAGAAGGGUAUGCUGUCUGCUGCUUCGAAACAAGAUGAGAAUCCUUUUUUGCUAUCGACAGGUAAUGCAGGGACAUCAUCGCCCGCAAAUAGUACAGCAGAAGUGUAUGAAGAUCCUCGGCUAAAAUUGUAUCAGGAAACAACUAUGUUCUUAGUAUAUGGCAUACUGGAUGGCAAUAGCGAUAAUAACCACGGCUAUGUGAGUGAGACCAACGUUCCCACCAUAUCCUUUUUUGCAUAUCCACUAGUUGAUCAAGUCAACCUUUCAGAACAAAUCUUUCUAAAUUCACGCUCGCUGGAAAGACUGAAGCAGGAUACUGAAGCAGCUCAGUUCUCAAGCGCAGACGUAGAGCUGUUCAGGGACAAUAUAAAGUUGGGGGCCUCAAUAGGGGCAGAUGCAGAAGCAUACAUCCAAUACGAAGACCCCAUCGUCAAUAGUAUAAUGAAUGGUAGUGAAAAUGAUGAUGACACUAAUGAAGAGGAUUCAGGACAUGUAUCACAUUGGAGUGCUUUCUUAGACAUGAAUGUGGAUGAAGACAAAUCAUUACGACAAGAAAUAGAAAUGUUGCGAGCUCUUGAAAGAAGCAAAACUUGGACUCCUUAUAUAGUGCCUCUACCACAAGCUGAUCGCACUCUGUCAGCCCAAACUAUCUCUCUGUCUUCAGCUACUGCCAAAGAUAAUCUCAAGGAAAGAGCUCUCACGCGUACUCAGACAUUGAACAGAAUGGCCUUUGCUAAUAAAGAUGUGUCGAGUGACACAGGCCAUACUUUGUCAAGGCAUCGCAGCAUGGACUCUCAUGUUGUAGGCUGUAAACAGACUAUCUCAAAUGGUAUGGAUAUAGCAGAUCAAACUGCGGCGACGACGACGAUGACAGCAACCAUACCAGCCUCAACCGCCUCAAGUACAAAAGUUUCCAGAACAGUAUCAGCAACAAAAGUCAUCCGAAAGGGCUUAAGUCGCGUCAAAAGCCCAUCAAGGGCCCCACAACAACCAUUGGAUGUGACGACCGAGAGCUUACGAAGGAGGCUGCUAGGUCCUGGAUCAAUACGCACAGGAUUGCCUUCUGCGAGUUUCAUUCCACUAACAACGAGCACGAAGUCAAUCGAGGCUCACAACAAGGCCACAAUUAAAGGCCUACUUGCACCAGUCUUGUCCAGGAUUAACAUCACAACGGAUCAUGAAGACUAUAAAGAAUGCGCCGCAAAUCUUUACAGGAGUGUUACUUUUGCCAUGCGCAAAGAUAUCACUAGUCGGCAAUACCAUUUGGAUGAAUUAGAGCGACUAAUGGAUAGACAUGCAGCAUUGCUUUAAAGGAC